AUGGCCAACACGUCGGCCUGGACCCGGCAACCGGGCUUUUUCGUGUACACGACUUACACGAUCGCCAAGGCCGUCGUCAAACUGCCGUCGCUGAUGCUGCUUUACACCAUCGCGCAAUUCCGCCCCGUCCGCGAAUGGACACAUAAGCAGGCUUUUGUAGUCGCCCUGACGCGUUUCUUUUUUGAGUAUUCCACCACCGUCGAAUUUUCGCCGGCACAGACGCUCGACCCGGGCCAGGAAAAGGACCGGUUUGUUGCUAUCGACCCGAUUCAGCAGGCAACAAUCCCAAUCUACACCGGCAUCGCGACGCCUCAACCCAACGGCAUCCGACCGACCAAGAUCGGCGCCGUCUGGCACCCUGCUCCGCCGUCAACCAAAGAUGGCGUGAGCAGCCUAGCAACAGCUGAGCGAGUGUUCCUCCACUUCCACGGCGGCGCCUACGUCGUGUUCGACUGCCGCGACCGUGAAAUGGCUGUUGGCGCGUCCCUUCUCCUGUCCGCAGCGACCACCGGUAACAAAAACGCCACCGCAGCCGUCCUCUGCCCCCAAUACCGUCUCGCCUCUCACCACCACCUACACGCCCAAAACAGCAACGGAGGCGGCGGGCACUUCCCCGCAGCCCUGCAAGACGCCAUAACCUCCUACGCACACCUCAUCCACCGGCUUGCCGUCCCCGGCUCGAAAAUCAUCAUCUCAGGCGACUCGGCAGGUGGUAACCUCGCCCUGGCACUGCUCCGGUAUCUCGAAGACGAGAAGGCGACUCACGGUUUACCGCUGCCGCGCGGCGUGAUGCUGUGGAGUCCGUGGACGGAUUUGAGUGUGACGGCUGCGGAACUGGAGAAGCGCAAGGAGGAUAAGUCGGAUUUGGUCCCGCCUGUGAUGGUGAAGUGGGCUUUGAGGGUGUUUUUGCCAGAGGCAUUGUCCACCGCAAGCAGCAGCACCGACCAAGAAGAGGCUGGUAAAGGGGUAGCGGAGAACCCGUACAUUUCCCCCGUGAAAAAGGCUAUUGUCACGGACGUGCCGGUGUGGGUGCAGUUUGGCGGGCGGGAGGUGUUAAGGGAGGAUAUUGUGCGGUGGGCGGAGGUGCAGAAACAGGGAGGUGGGAAGGUGAAGGCGUAUGAGAUUGGGGUCGCCCCGCAUGAUGUGUUUAUGGCGGCGGAGGGGCUGGGGUUGAAGGAGGAGGUCGGGGAAGCCGCAGGGGAUGGGUUGAGGUUUUUGGAUGAAUAG